AUGGACAUCAUGAAAGCUCGUGUGGAUAGGGCGGCAUCCCUGGGGUGUGACGGGAUCGAGCCGGACAACAUGUCGGAAGGAGGGCGGCAACACUGAGUGUGCACGCGUUGACAAACAAAAAGCGCCUGUGUUUCGCCUGGCCGUGAGGCCCACACCGCUUAUUGAGACUGGGGGUCUAGUGUAUCCCUCUCGUACGUACUUCGACCGGCUGGUCAUCCGAAAUGAGGGUGGCCACAAUACCGCGCACGGUAUUCCUCUCCCGCAUGUAGGUGCCAUUCCCAUGCGUUCUCUCGGCGAGACGGUUCCGAACAUCGUUCCGGAGAUCGUCCCGUAGUCCCCCUUCGUCUGCCGGCCCUCACGCCUUGCUCUCUGUCCUGCUGCUGAGAUACUCCAGGGUUCCCACGUUAAAUUGACACGAAAAUUUUGGACUGAGAUAGAUCGACACCAAAAAAAGUGACAGUUGGCAAAUUGACACGAAAAAAGGUAACGGUUGCUAAAUUGACACGAAAAAAUAUUCCGCCGCACGUUGCCUGGCGAAGGGCAGCAGCGGCGCAGCCUCAAGUUAAAAAAAAUUCAACCCCAGCUGCACCGCUGCACCGCCGGGAAGAAACCCAACGGUCGCGCUCCCUCAUCACCGCACCCGACACGGAGCGAGGGGAUGGCGCGCCUUGCGCGAGGUAGGAUCCGCUACUAGUGGUAUGAUGAGUGCAUGCAGGUUCUACUGCUUGCUGUGUUGUGC